AUGGCGCCGUCGCCUUUCCCGUCCGUCAAAUUGAACGAUGGCCAUGAAAUUCCUCUUGUCGGAUUCGGCGUCGGUACGAAGCUGUCGGGGCGCAACAACGAGAGCGAGGCGAUUGUUCGCUACACAAAGACUGCCAUUGAGGCUGGAUUCUACCACCUAGACGGCGCUGAAGCCUACCAGAACGAGGAAGAGCUCGGGGCCGCCAUCCGCGCCAGCGGCGUGCCGCGCGACGCCAUUUUCGUCACGACCAAGACGCUCGUGCACGACGACGAGCCCCUCGCGGUGACGCUGGACCGCUCGCUGGCCAAGCUCGGCCUGGACUACGUCGACCUCUACCUGAUCCACAACCCGCGCUUCGCCCAGACGCCCGCGGACCACCAGACGCGCUGGGCCGAGCUGGAGGCCGCGCAGGCCGCCGGCAAAGUCCGGUCGAUUGGCGUCAGCAACUAUCUGCAGGAGCACCUCGAGGCGCUCCUGGCCACCGCCAAGGUCGUGCCCGCCGUCAACCAGAUCGAGCACCACCCGUACUUGCAGCGGCCCGACCUCGUGGCCUUUAGCCGCCAGCACGGCAUCACGGUGACGGCGUACGGCCCGCUGGUGCCGCUGACCAAGGGCGCGCCGGGCCCGCUCGACGCCGUCUACCCGGCGCUGGCCGCCAAGUACGGCGUCACCACGACGGAGAUUGCGCUGCGCUGGACCAUCCAGCUGGGCCUCGUGCCCAUCACGACGAGCACCAACGCCGACCGGCUGACGAGCAUCGCCUCCACCGUACCCGGCCUUGUGCUCAGCGACGAGGACGUGGCCGAGAUCACGACAGUGGGCAAGAAGAAGGAGUUUCGCGGCUACGGCAACCGGCGUGUAGCGGAUGUUCCUGCGAAGGCGUAA